GUUUGCCAGCGACAGUCUUUCACGGCAACUCGAGGUGAUCGCAGCGCUACGAAACGGUCUAAAAAACAACUCAAUACUAUCGGUUAUAAUCGGUUCUGUGCCAAGAUCAGUGAUUAAAACUUAGUCAAGAUCUACAACAUGAAGUUCGUUAUUUUGCUAUGCGUGCUGAGCGCGUUGCUGCUGCAAAUUGAGGCAUCACCUCUUCAGCGACUUUCCAGGAGCGAGCGGGCUGUUUCACGUCAGCAGGCGGUCAACAACGAAGUAGCUCCAGCGGUUGCCCCUGCCAGCGAUGACGAUGAGGAUGAUGACGAUGAGGACGAUGAUGAUGAGCCCGAUCUAGGAGAUUUGAUCGAUGACGAUGACGAUGAUGAUGAAGAGGAGGACGAUGAUGAGGACGAGGAGGAUGACACGCCCCAGGGCCAGGCUGCCCCAGCGGCCACUGCCAGCGAUGAUGACGAGGAGGAAGACGAUGAUGAUGACGAUUAUCUGGACAGGCUGUUCGAUGACAUCUUGGGAGAUGAUGAUGAUGAGGACGACGAUGACGAGGCUGCGCCCGCCGCCAGUGUCCAGCAGAGCUCUGUGGCCGCUGCCCCUGCCCAAACUUUGGAUGAGGUCGCCCCCGCUGCUGCUUCUUCCGUGAGCUCUGGUAUCUCCGAUGGCGUUGAUCUGCCCGCUGAAUCUGGAAACGCUGCAGAAGCUGUGGCCGCCGGAAAUUCCGCCGAUGAAUCCGUGUCCGCUGCCGUUGCCCCGGCGCAGGCUGCUGCCGCCAGCAACAACAACGAAGGUAUCGCCGGUGACGACGACGAGGAGGCCGACGAUGAUGAUGACGAUGACGACGAUGACAUUAUCGGCGAUGACAUCAUCGAGGCCCGCCGCGAAGCACGUGAGUCCAAAUCGAAGUCGGAAACGGCGACGAAAGAAACCAAGGCCAAGAAAUCAACAAGUCCCUCCAAGAAGGCCAAAAAAGAGCUGAAGCAUUAACCAAACAGAUUGCUAAAUCAAAAACAAAAACAACAAUAACAGCAACAACCAGAACAACAACAACAACUAAAGACAGGGACCCACAAUUACAGCAAACGAAGAAUGACAUGCCCCCAAAAAACAAAAACAAACGAUAAGAAAGGAAAGCGAAUUUUCGGAAAAUAUUUUCCCAAAGGGGCAGGACGCGAUCCGGACUUUUGCAAUUGCAUCUUUGCCUGCACUGACUAUCCUCCCCCACCCCUCGCUAUCCUAUAAUUUAUUAAAUACAAAAAAAAAACAACAACUGAGUUAAGUACAUAUGUUUACGCAUUUCCCGAUGAAAAGGGAAAUGUAUUUAUCGAGAGUUUGGUGCUAGUCAAACUAUCUGCAAAACAACAAGAACAGCACAAUUACCCCCCAAUAUCCCCCCACUGUACCCCCCCAAAUCCAACGCACAAUUGUUGAGUUAUUUACGCACGGACUGUUUCACCUGACAAAAGAAUUGCAACAGCAACUGUACGCACAACAGCAACGCAAGUUGCAACUGCAACAGCAACAUGUUUAAUGCCCAAGCACAAAAAUGGUUGAAUUCAAAGAGAACACAGAGCAGAAGAUGAAGAUGAAGAUGAAGAUAAAGAAGAAGAAGAAGAAGGCGCAGAAGAAUUGAAGGCGGAAGAAUGAGAAGAAGCAGAGCAAGAGAAGAAUUGUUAAGAGAUAUCACAGCGAAUGAGAAGAAUAGAAAGAAAUCGCUGAUAUCGCUGAAAGAAAGACUUCCCUUGCUCGCUCUCUCCCACUCCAUCACAUCCACAUAUCUAUCUCUCUCUCUAUCUCUCAUACACACACACACACACACCCCGCAUACACUUAUAGCUAAAUUGAUGUAACAACAACCAACAACAGCAAUAAGAAUGUUCACUUAGUGUAAUCUAUUUAUUCCUAGUUGUAAUCUCUUUUUCGUACUUAUUUGUGUAAUUAAACAAAAACAAUCUGAUUCGGAAUUAGUUAUCAUGAUGUAAUCAACUGCCUAUCUCACACGCUCUGUCUCUUUCUGUCUAUCUAUGUCUGUCUCUUUUUCACGCACAAACACAUACACACACGCAAACACGCAUUUAAGCACUAUUGCUAUCUCUUGCUUUCACACAUUUGGCUUACAAUUGAACAUUUUUAGAUGCAACAAAACAACGAUGUAAAUUUUGUAUCUUUGGCUUUUCCUCUCUCUUUUUUCGGCUCGCAUAAUUUUCCGAACGUAAAUAACGCAAAUUUUGUAUAAAAAAAAAAAAGAAAUCAAACUAAAAAUAUCAACCACAAAUUGUAGCUAAAAGUUGAACGCUUGAAAGGCAGCGCAAAAUUUCACAAGACAUCAAAAAAAAACAAAAUAGAGAAUUGUUAAACUUUGCGUUUUAGGUCAUUUAAUUUAUAAUUUAUUAUUUAUUUAUUUAUUUAUUUAUUAUUUAUUGUAAAAAACAAACCAUAAGCAAGAUGAUGAAGAACAAACCACAAAACAUAAUGAAAAUUUGCUUAAAUAAAUUUGCGAAAUGAAA